AUGAGGUCCAAAUUCAAGGAUGAGCAUCCCUUUGAGAAGCGCAAGGCCGAAGCUGAGAGGAUACGACAGAAGUAUCCAGAUCGCAUCCCGGUCAUCUGCGAGAAGGCAGACCGCACUGAUAUCCCCACAAUAGACAAGAAGAAAUAUCUUGUGCCAUCUGAUCUUACUGUGGGGCAGUUUGUGUACGUGAUACGGAAACGUAUCAAGCUCGCGCCAGAGAAAGCCAUCUUCAUCUUUGUGGAUGAAGUUCUACCCCCCACUGCGGCUCUGAUGAGUGCGAUAUACGAGGAGCAUAAGGACGAGGAUAAUUUCCUGUAUGUCAGCUAUUCUGGAGAGAACACGUUUGGCAUGGAAGGAUGGCUGGAAGUUCCAUCGGAUUCGUGA